ACCGGAGCCCUACCUCACAUAGGUAGCAUCGCGAAGGAUGUAAAAACUAUGUUGUGGGAAAUGGCAAAUACCCAUCUCGAAAGAUUGUGUGCAGGAAAGCAGAAUCCAUUUGGAAAUGGAAAAUACAACAAAUAAAGACAGAGAAUAAACAGGAAAGGAAAAGAAAAGCAAAGGCUCUUCGAUAUAAUUCUGUUGGUAUAUUUGCAUUUUCCUCGUUAGAUUUGGAGCCUCAAACAGGACAGAAAAGAGGAAGAAAAUAAAAGCUUCUCUCUGUGUUUUUUCAGAAUAAUGGAGUCAAAAGUGAAGAGAAGAGUUGCUACAGAGAAUGGGGAUACUGCCGAGGACUUGGUCCUUGCUACAUUGAUUAGGAAUGGAGAUGACCUCGGUCCUAUUGUCCGGCAUGCAUUUGAGAUGGGGAGGCCAGAAUCACUCCUUCACCAGCUCAAGCAUGUUGUGAAAAAGAAGGAAGUCGAAAUUGAGGAGCUCUGCAAGACUCAUUAUGAGGAAUUCAUUCUUGCAGUUGACGAGCUUCGUGGUGUGUUGGUUGAUGCCGAAGAGCUAAAAGGCGAGCUCUCUAGUGAUAAUUUCAAGUUGCAAGAGGUUGGGAGUGCUUUAUUGAUUAAACUUGAGGAGCUUCUUGAAUCUUAUUCAAUAAAAAAGAAUGUGACUGAAGCUAUCAAAGUGUCCAAGAACUGUGUACAAGUGUUGGAGCUCUGUGUCAAGUUUAAUAAACACAUAUCUGAGGGCCAGUUUUACCCGGCAUUGAAAACUUUGGAUUUAAUUGAGAAAAAUUACUUGCAGAAUAUUCCUGUCAGGGCAGUUAGAAUGAUUGUAGAGAAGAGAAUUCCGAUAAUUAAAUUGCACAUUGAGAAGAAAGUGACUAGUCAAUUCAAUGAAUGGCUGGUCCACAUAAGGAGUUCUGCAAAGGAUAUUGGACAAACGGCAAUUGGUCAUGCUGCAUCUGCACGUCAGAGGGAUGAGGAAAUGCUCGAACGCCAAAGGAAAGCUGAGGAGCAGAAUAUUUCAGGGUUGGGAGAUUUUGCAUAUACUUUAGAUGUUGAAGAAAUUGAUGAAGAAUCUAUUUUGAAGGUUGACCUAACUCCUCUAUACAGGGCAUAUCACAUCCAAAGUUGCCUAGGAAUCCAAGAGCAGUUUUGGGAAUAUUACUAUAGAAAUCGAUUGUUGCAGCUUAAUUCAGACUUGCAGAUCUCUUCAGCACAGCCUUUUGUUGAAUCCCAUCAAAUAUUUUUGGCUCAAAUUGCAGGAUACUUCAUAGUGGAGGAUCGAGUUUUGAGGACAGCCGGGGGCCUACUGUUAGCUGAGCAAGUUGAAAAAAUGUGGGAUACAGCUAUAGCUAAAAUGAAAUCUGUGCUAGAGGAACAAUUCUCCCAUAUGAAUUCUACGACCCAUCUUCUCUUGGUGAAGGAUUAUGUCACUCUUCUUGGCUCUACUCUUAGACAAUAUGGGUAUGAAGUGGGACCACUUCUUGAGACGCUUGACAAGAGCAGAGACAAAUACCACGAACUUCUUUCGGAAGAGUGUCGUCAACAAAUUGCAAAUGUUAUUGCCAGUGAUACCUAUGAACAGAUGGUCUUGAAAAAGGACACUGACUACGAAAGUGUUGUCCUGUCAUUCAAUCUCCAGACAUCAGAUAUUACACCAGCAUUUCCGUACAUUGCACCAUUCUCCUCCACAGUACCUGAUGCCUGCCGAAUUGUCAGAUCAUUCAUCAAAGGGUCUGUUGAUUACUUGUCUCAUGGGGUACAUACUAAUUUUUAUGAUGUUGUGAGGAAGUAUUUGGACAAACUGUUGAUAGAUGUGUUAAAUGAGGUGAUACUUAAUACAAUUCAAAGUGGCAACAUUGGUGUCUCUCAAGCCAUGCAGAUUGCUGCAAACAUAUCCGCACUUGAAAGAGCUUGUGACUUUUUCCUUCGUCAUGCAGCCCAACUAUGUGGGAUCCCAAUCCGGUCAGUUGAGAGGCCUCAAGCUUGCUUAACUGCUAAGGUGGUUCUAAAGACUUCAAGGGACGAAGCUUAUCUUGCGUUGUUGAAUUUGAUGAACAACAAGUUGGAUCAGUUCAUGGCACUUACAGAAAAUAUCAGUUGGACUUUAGAGGAACCGCCUCAGAAUGGGAAUGAUUAUAUAAAUGAAGUUGUUAUUUACCUCGAUACUCUUAUGUCGACAGCACAACAAAUUUUACCUCUGGAUGCUUUGUACAAGGUUGGGAAUGGGGCUCUUGAUCACAUUUCUAACUCUAUAGUGUCGGCUUUUCUUAGUGAUAGUGUCAAGAGGUUCAAUGCCAAUGCAGUUAUGGGUAUCAACUAUGAUUUGAAGACGCUGGAGUCUUUUGCGGACGAGAAGUUUCACAGUACUGGCUUGAGCGAAAUUUACAAAGAAGGUAGUUUUAGAGGUUGCUUGAUAGAAGCACGACAAUUGAUAAACCUUUUGUUGAGCAGUCAGCCAGAGAACUUCAUGAAUCCUGUGAUAAGGGAGAAAAACUACAAUGCUUUGGACUACAAAAAGGUGUCUAGUAUCUGCGAGAAGUUCAAGGAUUCUACUGAUGGGAUUUUUGGGAGCCUUUCAAAUAGGAAUAACAAGCAAAGUGGUCGUAAGAAAUCAAUGGAUAUGCUUAAGAAAAGAUUGAAGGACUUCAACUGAGGCUUGAAAAAUCUUUCUGCAUUCUGCACUAGAAUUAGGAGCUUCUUUUUUCCCCUUGAUUAUUAAUAUAACUCUUCCUGUUGUUUUCCCUUGUUUCUUGCUUAGAAUGAAUGGGAUUCUUUCAUUUUUCCUGCAAA